GGUGGCGGUAAUGCGCAUAUAACCAUGUUUCCAACCGCCAUUUAAUACCAAAGAAGAAGAAGAAGAUAAGCGAAGAAGAUGUGUACUGCUUCUUUCCUGGAGCAGAUUAACAGCAUCUUAUAGAGGAACACCUGGACACCCCCUCUCCCCUUCCCACAAUGGCCGACUCCAUGGAUAUAGAUGACUCUUUGUACAGUCGGCAGCGGUAUGUGCUGGGAGACAGUGCCAUGCAGCAGAUGGCCCAGUCUGCUGUGUUUCUCAGUGGAAUGGGAGCUGUUGGAGUGGAGAUAGCAAAAAACAUUGUCCUGGCAGGAGUGAAGGGAGUCACCCUCCAUGACUGUAAGCGAUGUGAAGUUUGGGAUCUGGGCACCAACUUCUUCAUCAGAGAGGAGGAUGUACAUAGCCAAAAGAAAAGGGUGGAGGCUGUCCAUUCUCGAGUGGCUGAGUUAAAUCCCUACGUUCAGGUCAGUGUGUCCAGUGAUGUCCUGGAUGAAAGCACUGACCUCAGCUUCCUGAAGAGAUACCAGUGUGUAGUAUUGACAGAAACAAAUCUGAGCUUACAGAAACAGAUCAACAAUUUCUGCCACUCUCAGCAGCCUCCUAUCAAGUUCAUUGGCUGUGAUGUCUUUGGGAUCUGCUCACGAGUGUUCUGCGAUUUUGGGGACGCGUUUGAGGUGUCUGACCCUACAGGAGAGGAACCAAAAGAAAUUUUCAUCCAGAACAUCAGCCAGGAGUGCCCUGGGGUGGUGACGUGUUUGGACAGUCGAACUCACGGCCUCCAGACAGGGCAGAGUGUGUUUUUCAAAGAGAUCAAUGGCAUGAGUGAACUCAAUGGAACCACACAUGAAAUUACAGUUCUUUCCCCAUAUAGUUUUGCGAUUGCAGAUACCUCAUCUUUCCAGCCGUAUGCUCAUGGAGGUCUCUUUCGCCUGGUCAAGAUACCCACAACCAUCAGCUUUGAGACGAUGGAGCAGCAGAUAUCUGACCCUCAACUCCUCACUCCAGACUUCAGCAAACCAGAGGUUCCUCUACAGCUCCAUACAAUCAUGUUGGCUAUGGAUGCUUUCUUGGAUCAGCACGGCAGACUUCCCAACAUUGGUUGUUUGCAGGAUGCUGAUCUGCUCCUGAAGUUCACGGAGGAGAUGAGCAAAACACUUAAAAACAAAGUGUGUAUAAACGAGGAUCUGGUGAGGUGUGUGUCACGCUGUGCGAGGGGCUGUCUCUCUCCUCUCGCGGCUGCGGUGGGCGGUAUCACUAGUCAGGAGGUGCUAAAGGCUCUCACUGGAAAAUUUGCACCACUUAAGCAAUGGUUUUAUCUAGAUGCAGUGGAGGUGAUUCAGCCCCUUCAGUCUCUCUCUGGUGAGGAAUUUGCCCCUAGGGGUGAUCGGUAUGAUGCACUGAGGGCGUGUAUCGGCCAAUCACUGUGUUUGAAAUUGCACAAGUUUCGUGUCUUCAUGGUGGGCUGUGGUGCUAUUGGCUGUGAGAUGCUGAAGAAUUUGGCACUGUUGGGAGUGGGAUUGAGCAGAUUUUCAGGAGAGAUUUGCAUCACCGAUCCAGAUUUAAUUGAGAAAUCUAACCUUAAUCGGCAGUUUCUCUUCAGACCUCACCACAUUCGGAAGCCAAAAAGCACUACAGCAGCAGAAGCUACAUUAGAAAUAAACCCAGAGCUGCAAAUUGAAGCUCAUCUGCAUAAAGUGUGUCCUGCUACAGAGGACAUCUAUAGCGAUGCUUUCUUCUCCCUUCUCAACCUGGUGGUCACUGCACUGGACAACGUGGAGGCACGGAGAUAUGUGGAUAGUCGAAGUGUAUCCAGUCAGAAAGCUCUGUUAGACUCCGGUACCAUGGGUACGAAAGGACACACCGAGAUCAUCGUCCCAAACCUCACAGAGUCCUACAACAGCCAUAGAGACCCACCAGAGGAGGAGAUCCCGUUCUGCACUCUGAAGUCUUUUCCUGCUGUUAUUGAACACACCAUACAGUGGGCCAGAGACAAGUUUGAAAGUGCUUUCUCCCACAAGCCCUCCGUUUACAAUAUGUUCUGGCAGAGACAUUCGUCACCUCAGGAUGUGCUACAGAGGAUGAUGGCUGGGGAGAGUAUGGAAGGAUCAUUUCAGGUCAUUAAGUUGUUGAGUCGGAGACCCACUCAAUGGGAUCACUGUCUAUCCCUUGCACGCCUCAAAUUUGACAAGUACUUCAAAAGAAAGGCAUUACAACUACUGCACUCAUUUCCACUGGACACACGACUAAAAGAUGGCAGUCUGUUUUGGCAGUCUCCUAAACGGCCGCCUUCUCCUAUAGAGUUUGACCUCAACGACCCACUGCAUUUCAGUUUUGUUGUCAGCGCAGCUCGCCUUUUUGCUGGAAUUUAUAAUAUUCCAUACUCAGAAAAGAGUUUUUCCUUCGAGGCAGUAUCAAGUGUUUUAACUGCAGUGGAGGUUCCCGAAUACAAACCAGCAGAAAAGCAUAUAGAGACAGAUGAAAAUGUUAAGAAGCCUGAUCAGAUUAAAGUGACAGUGAGCAGUGAUGAGGAGAGAGAGGCGAUCUCACAGCUACAGGAGGCCAUCAACUCCAACUUCAUAUCACCUGAGAGGUUACGGAUGAAUCCAUUGUACUUUGAAAAGGAUGAUGACUCAAACGGACACAUGGAUUUUGUAGCAGCAGCGUCUGCCCUUCGAGCUCAUAUGUACGCCAUUGAGGCUGCUGACAGACUACAAACUAAACGGAUUGCUGGCAAAAUCAUCCCUGCUAUCGCCACAUCUACAGCUGCUGUUGCAGGACUGGUGGCAGUGGAGUUGAUAAAAAUUGCUGGUGGUUAUGGAUUUGAGUCGUUUAAAAACUGUUUCUUCAACUUGGCCAUUCCGGUCAUGGUCCUCACAGAAACAGCUCAGGUCAAGAGAACCCAGAUCAGAGAUGAUAUCUCCUUCUCUAUCUGGGACCGCUGGACAAUCUUUGGUCAUGAGGACUUCACAUUGUCUGAUUUCAUUAGUGCGGUUAGAGAAAAGUAUGGAAUUGAGCCCACUAUGGUUGUUCACGGGGUGAAGAUGCUCUAUGUGCCGGUUAUGCCAGGCCAUAACAAAAGACUCAAACUGACCAUGCAUAAACUGAUCAAACCCUCAUCUGGCAGAAAGUAUGUUGACCUCACCGUAUCAUUUGCCCCCGAGGCAGAUGAUGAUGAGGAUCUGCCCGGCCCCCCAGUGCGCUAUUACUUCAGUCAAGAAAGCCAGAGCGAUGAGACUGCCUGACACACAUGCACACACAAUCACAGAGUCUCCCCUCUCUUGGCCUGUGGACCACAAGUGGAGUAGCACUUGAUCUAAAUCAAUGUACAUAUGAUUUUUUUUUUUUCUAUUUCUUUAUUGCACAGCAUUGUCUGUGCUGAUGCCUUAAGAUAAUUAUAUUGUGCUUCAAUGUGACUAUAAUAAUGAUUAUAAUGUUAAUGCUCAGAAGAGUAAAAGAAAAGGAAGUGUUUACAUGAUUUCCCCAGGGCUUCUUGUUACUCUUUGUUUGUCUCUUAGACUGGGAGAGGACUCUGUUCAGUGUAAGUCACUGGAGGGCUUAUAAGAGAUAAAGAUUCAUCUUGCUCUUCUGUUGGGAUGCACUGAUUGUUUAUUCAUUGAAAUAUCCCUAGCAUUUUAAUGACCUAUAGAUACUAGCACCUAUAAUGUUAUCGGUGCAUCCCUACUCUCAACAGUAAUUUAUUUGCACAUGACUAAAUGUUUUGGGAGGAUAUUGGGGUUUAAUAAGUUGUCUGUCAAUGUAAGCAAUGUUAACGCCAAAGAUUUUGCUUCUGGUUUAAUUUCAUCAGCAGCUGCAUUCAGAAGUUCUUCGCAACUUCACAAGUCUCAUUCGAGUUUGCUGCUGGAAUCGAGUUAUGACAGAAAUUGAGUCUCUUAAACUGAUCUGUCCUGUGUUGGACAGUUUUGGCUUAACUAUGCUGCAGCAACUAUUAAGUCUAUACAAAAACCAAGUACAAUUUUUCUUAGUUUGUGUUGACAUAGUUGCUGCGUUUUGCAUUUGUAAGACAGUAUGGAUGUCAGGAUUUUUCUUUCCUUCAUUAUGGUAGAUUUAAAGGAAAUUGAUUCUGUUGUCACAAAUACUAUGACAGUUCCACACCUUUGUAACAAUCCAGUGUAGGAAGGGUAAUAAGAGUGGUAAAAAUGCAUUCUUAACAGUGCCACUAGGUGGAGCUAUAGUUAAUACAUUAUCUUAGCAACCAUCUACACCGGUCUAUUGCUAUCAGCUGCUUAAAGGGUUAGUUCACCCUAAAAUUCUCUCAUCGUUUGCUCACCCUAAUGCCAUCCUGGAUGUGUAUAACUUGUAUCACAAAUUAAGAUUUUUGGAAGAAUAUCUCAGCUCUAUAGGUCCAUACAAUGCAAGUGAAUGGUGGCCAGAACUCUGAAUCACCAUUAAUCGCAUAAAGGCAGCAUAUAAGUAAUCCAUACAACUCCAGUGGUUAAAUCCAUAUCUUCAGAAGCGAUAUGAUUAGUGUGGAUGAGAAACAGAUCGAUGUUUAAUGUUAAAUCUCCACCUUUUACCAGUCCCUACCAGUAGGUGGCAAUAUUCACGAAGAAUACAAAUUUUCAAAGACGAAAUAAUGUGGAAGUGAAAUUAAUUUGGAUAUUUAUAUUGUAAAAAGGGCUUAAAUAUUGAUGUGUUGCUCAUACACACUUAUCAUAUUGCUUCUAAAGACUGAGUCUUUUUUUAUGGGUUACUUAUAUGCUGUUUUAAUGCGAAUUUCGGAGAUUGAACGUUCUGGCCACCGUUCAGUUUCAUUGUAUGGACCUACAGAGAUGAAAUUUUCUUCUAAGUGUCUUAAUUUGUGUUCAGCAUAAGAAAGAAAGUCAGACAUAACUGGAUUGGUAUUAGGGUGAGUGAAUUAUGAGAGAAUUUUCAUUUUUGGGUGAACUAUUCCUUUAAUGUCCUUUCAUUCCUGCGACGUGAACAUUUUGGCGACAAAUCUUGGUUGUGACUCAACAUAAUCACAAUGAUAUAGACAUUAUCCCUCACAUUGUUUCAUUCAUAUUACCUGAAGUCCAGCCUGCAUGUCAGCAGGAAAAACAACCUUUUCACAAGUUCCUCAAUACAUCUGCAGCCGUUUUGAUGUCAUGCAAUCCUUCUAAAGUGUCCUUGAAUAUGUAUAUCUGAGUUAGCCAAACAGUUAAUACAUGAGUGGCUGGCAAUAGUGAUGGGAAAUCACACACACAUGGUCAUAAAACUUAAUCUAACCCCAAACUUUGAGAUCACAGUGAAUAUCUUUUAAAAAGUAUUAAAACAUUUUCUAUUUUGAUCCCUUUAAAAUGGCUUACCUUCAGAUGCACAGAAUACUCUCAUGAUGUCUAGCACUGAUUUUAUCAAAAACAUGGUGAUUUCUAAAGGCGUUAAACCAGUGGUUCGAAGAUGAUGUAAUAUGCUGUCAUUGUGACCACAGUAUUCAAUAAAGUCCAAUAAAAUCACUAAUUUUAAGUCAAGUC